GUUUCAUGUCGCGAACGCCACAUCGAGAGCCUGACUUCUCUGGGAAGAUUGUGUGACAAGAUUACGCUAUGGUGACCAUUUCUUAGACGCCUCCAAGCAACCCACCGUGGGUGAGUUUUAUUUAUUCACUGCGACAGGCACCUGCUCCCAAUAACCCUUAAAAUAGCCGAAUCCGAAGUUUAAAUAGCCACAGAUAAUCACUUGAAUCAUAUGCUGAUACCGAACCUGUAAACACUUAUCACCUUUACGCGAUGAAAGCAGGAGAUUCCAGACCGCACCUUCUCACCCUACCGAGAGAGAUCCGCAACCAGAUCUACGAUUACCUUCACCGAACACUGGAGUUACGCGGAGUCAAGAGCCUGGGUCCGUCUCAGGUGUUCGUUCGACUCGACAACGCGCCCUAUCCCAGCUUGUACAGUGUGCAUUCACGACUGUGCGCUGAGUAUCUCGAGUCUGGCCCUACCAAGAGUCUAUCAGCUCUGAUACUCAACCGUCUCGACUAUGACAACAGGAAUUACUGGUCCAAAGAUGCAGGGGUUAUCUCACGGGAUGAGAUUGCGCUGAGUCACGUCAGAAUCGUAACUCUGCGUAUGACGAUGAGAAAGUGGAUGCCGGGAUCCACCACAACGCAAGUGAUCGACGCUCUCGGGACAAAGAUUGCAGAACUUCGAGUCAUUAGAGUGAACGAAAUCGCACCCAUUUAUUUGUCGAUCAAGGAGGAGCUCCCAGAGCAUGCCAACUGGGCCACUCGGGAUUGGAUCGAACCACUACCGCACGUCCUGCUCGCACUGACGCGGAUCCAACUGAUCAACUGUCGAGAAAUUGUGACUUCCGAAAUCAAGAAGCCGGGCGAGAUACCGUACCAACACCACAUCAUGUGGCAGUGCAGAGCCCAUGUGUACGGCUUGAGCGCCUCGAGUGGCGACCUGUGGACAAAGCAAGACGUCAUUGACUGCCCCUCGCCCCCAGCUGGCUACACGGAGUGGGUCAACCAGUGGUGCAGAGAUGAUGAAAGGGUAGGACACACAAGUCUCAAGAGUUCGCGGAUCGUGGUGUGGAAGGAGGAGAACUGCACAGAGCAGGAUGGAAACGAGGUGGUGGACAUCAUGUUUGGUCCCGUCUAAGUCCGACUGUUA